AUGGCAGCUACCGUUGGGGGCAUGAACAACCUGACAACUUUGAUCAAGCGACUCGAAGCGGCGACCUCGCGCCUUGAAGAUAUCGCCUCGUCUGCCCAAUCCGCCGAUGCUCCUCCCAUCACUAGCCUCCCGGCCACGGGCUCCAAGGGGCCCGCGAGUGCCAGCGCUCCCGAGCUGCCCACAAUCUCGCCGCAGACAAGUACGCAGACCGUUCGUGCAGCCCCGGAACCCGUGGCAGAGCCAUUGCCAGCUUCGAUACGCGAUAUGGACGCGAUAAUCGACUCCGAAGUCGCUACAUUCAUGGCCUCAAGCAAGGGCAUUGACAAGCUGGUGGAGGAGCAGGCUGCCGCGGUCACCAAAGGCUUCGCUGAUCAGCGGCGCUUCCUGCUCGUUACAACGCGCGCCAAGAAGCCGGAGCCAAAGACGCUCAUGGAUCUGCUUGCGGACCUACAGCAGGAUCUGGGUGCUGCGGGGGACAUCAAGGACAGCAAUCGUGGUUCACCCAUGAAAGAGCAUUUGGCUAUGGUCGCCGAGGGAAUCAGCACGCUACAGUGGCUAGUCAUUGACGGCAAGCCAGCCGAUGUGGUGKGCGAUAUGAUUCCUGGUGCCCAGAUGUACGGCAACCGGGUGCUCAAGGCCUAUAGGGAAGGCGAUCAAGCACACGUCAAAUUCGUACGCUCAUAUUACGCCCUUCUCACAGCUCUACAAUCCUACAUCAAAAAGCACUACCCUUCAGGUUUGACGUGGAACGCUUCUGGAAUCGAUGCUGCCCAGGCAAUGCGGGAACUAGACGCCAAACCCACAUCGAACGGCAGCACUGCGCCUCCCUCCACAUCAGGAGGCGCUCCUCCACCACCACCUCCCCCACUGCCGGUAUUUGACAAUUCUACCGCUCCUCCGCCUCCACCUCCGGGCGCUGCACCAAAAGCUGCAGCUGGUGGUGAUAUGGGGGCCGUUUUCGACCAACUAAAUAGAGGUGAAUCGGUCACGGCUGGCUUGAAGAAAGUUGACAAGAGCCAAAUGACACACAAGAAUCCUGAACUGCGCGCGAAUUCUACGGUCCCUGGCGAUGACAUCAGCCGGAGUAGAAGUCCGGGGCCACAGAUCAAACCCAAGCCGCAGAGUAUGCGCCAAAACACCGGACCUGCCCCUGUCAAGAAGUCAGGCAGGACAGAGCUCGACGGCAACAAAUGGUACAUCGAGAAUUGGGACAACCCUCCCGAGCCCAUCACCGUGGACGUGAGCAUAAACCAGUCGAUCCUCAUAACAGGCUGCAAAAACACAGUAAUUGUAUUCCGUGGCAAGGCCAAUGCCAUCUCAAUCGACAACUCUCCUCGCACACAGAUGUUGGUGGAGACACUUAUUUCAUCCGUCGAUGUCAUCAAAUGCCCGAACUUUGCGCUACAGAUCACUGGUGCUGUCCCCACCAUCAUGCUUGAUCAAGUCGAUGGCGCGAGUAUAUUCCUUGGUACAGACAGUCUCGCAACGGAAGUCUUUACAAGCAAAUGCAGUUCUGUUAAUAUCGUGCUUCCACCGGAGCGGGAAGAGGACGACACGGUGGAGUGUCCCUUGCCGGAGCAAAUGCGGACUUUUGUCAAGGACGGCAAGCUUGUGAGCGAGAUCGUGGAGCAUUCUGGUUGA